CCUAGGUAUAAAUGGAGAUUCGAUGGUGUGAACCAUGGUCAGUGCUCAUUGUAACGCAAAAUGUACAAAGUCUUACUGUUUAUUUGUAUCGGAUAUGCCGCAUCGAAGCCUCUUGAAGAAGACACAAGAAUUGUAGGUGGAGAAGAUGUAGAUAUCACGGAAGUGCCUUAUCAAGUGUCAUUGCUGAGCAGAGGAAGACACUCUUGUGGUGGUGCCAUCAUAGACAAUGAUAUCAUUUUGACUGCGGCUCAUUGUGUUAUUGGGAGUUCAGCAAGGAAUCUUCAAAUUCGAGCAGGUUCAUCCUCCAGUCAAACCGGUGGCCAGCUGUAUCAAGUUGGCGACUUUGUGUUUAAUCCCGAAUUUACAUAUAGCAAAAUGGACAGUGACGUUGCAAUUUUAUGGCUGGCCACCCAACUAGAGUUUAGUGACAGUGUCGCUCCUAUACCUUUGUUUGAUGCUGGUGAGGAAAUUAACGAUGGUGAUUUGACUGUUGUUUCUGGAUGGGGUAAUACCAGAGAAAAUGGAGGUACACCAAGAACUUUGCAAGUAGCAUUGAUCCCUAAAGUUAGUGCAGAGGUUUGCAGCGAUGCUUACGCCCCUCGAUACACUAUAACUCCUACAAUGAUUUGCGCUGGUAUGCCUGAAGGAGGAAAAGAUGCUUGCCAAGGUGACAGUGGCGGCCCACUCGUAAACAGCGGAAAACUUGCUGGUAUUGUUUCUUGGGGCUUAGGAUGCGCGAGGCCCAAUUACCCCGGAGUGUACGCCAAGGUAUCUGCAUUGAGAGAAUGGAUUGACAAUCAAACAAUGCACUUGAGACUGAAACACAUCUUGAGAAUGUAA